GUUUUUGAGAUUUCUGUAAUGGUGUCACUACAAAAAAUUGUUCGUGGACUGUAUUCACUCUAUGGCGCAGUUCAUGAUUUAAUAAAUAAGCCUGUUUCAUCUAUUUUUCUGAAAAUUGUAUUUAGUCGUUUAGUCAAUUCACAACUAUCGUGUUCGCCAGUAGUAGCCACAGCAGCGAUACUUUUAGCAAAAACUGUCAGUUGGUACAUUUUCAAAAAAUCAUUCAAAACAGCGGCGCGAUGUCGUAUCAUCUUCAAUGCACUAUUACCGUGAAGACCUACUACAACCCUAAGCAGUUAUACUUUGCAAAGGCGUUAUGGGGGGGCAUUUGUAGCUAUUUGAACAUUCAACUACUUGGACGAGUUCGUUACUCCCACCUAAAUAAAAUAAUCGAUUCGAAUUACAGAAUUUUAUUUAUUUUAACCAAAUUUCGUGUAUCACUGUUUAAAGUAGAAAGUUUUGAGACAAAAAUGAGAACGUAGUAACUCCUUUCUAUUUGAACCUUUGCUUACUUUAACCUUUACAGGCUCACCAUCUAGCGUCAGCUGACAAAAUUGACGAUGCGCUGGCUAAACUCCAAAAAAUUGUUGAUGAGGAAGUCGCUGAAGCCAACAAACAGCUUGAUGCUGCCAAGGCUCAGGUGGACGCAUUUGCUGCACAGGUACAAGAUCAAGCUAAGAAGGCCAUGAACAGCACUGAAGAAAGCUUCAGGAAGCAGCUGGAUGCUCUGAAAGAAAAAGCCAAAGCAAAAGGUGUAAACAUCGAUGAAUGUCUUGGUGAGAACGAAAAGAAGUUGAUUGACCUGCCUAACGUAGCAUCCAACGACAUGAUCCACGGCGCUACUGAUAGAGUCAAUGAGGCUAUCGGAUACAUCCAAACUGGACUAAAUCAGGUGAAGCAAGCCGCUGACGAUGUUGCUACAAUCAAGGCUGAAGUGAAGAAGUGCGGACAUGGAUGGAAAGCCAUCAAAUGCAUUGCCAAGCUGCUGAUCAAGGUUGAAGAGGAAAUCGUAGAGCUCCCAAAGAAUCUUCAUGAUGCUGUGUCCAAGGUGGUGGACCUAGUAGAAAACAUCAAACCAAGGAUCCAGGACUGCGCUAGCCAGAAGGUAGAUGAGGUAGAAUCACAAGGAAAGAAGAUCCUGGAAGAUAUUGGAUUGUGCGUUGCGAAGAAGCUUAUUGGUCACUGACUUCGAAUGUAGCAGUUGUUAUUUGUUAAUGUUUUUUAUUUUUUUCAAUAAAAUUCGACUUCUUAUGAAAAGGA